GUAUACUUAAACCAAGGCCAGCAGAUAAACCUCUAAAAAACCCCAAGCCCUUCGCGGAGACAAUUUCAGUUUCUUCGACCAGCUUCCAUAGCCAAAAACUGCACCUUGGGUCAGCAUUAUCUUCCAGUUGCUGCGCAAACGGUUCUCUAUACCCCAACUUCUCCAUGCAUCUAACCACAACAACUUCUCACCCGCCGAAUCCAAUAAUACAUUUAUCUUCAAAAUCACUCGCCCCAAAUCCCCUCUUUCUCAGACUACCCUUCAAAUGCCGACGAAAAUUGAAAAGACCUACAUUUUCAGCUUCUUCUUCUGCGAACACUAAUAAUAAUAAUAAUCCCGAAGGGUUCUCUUGGCUUCGCCUUUCCCAGUCCAUUCGCCGCGGUUCAGAACGGUUCAUCAAGCAAUUGGGUGACUCUGUGAAGAAAGAGACCGGUUUUGAUUUUGACGAUGCUAAAAAUACAGUCGCAGAAUUUUCUGGUCGAGCUGUUGACACCGCCAAAACCGGGCAAAUUCAGCUCCAACGUUUUAAGUCCGAGUUGUUUCCUGACUUCUUAAAUUGGAACAAAUUCGAGUCCUGGAAGGACAUCAAGAAAUGGGAUUCGAAGAGAGUUGGCGUCUUCAUUGUCUAUGUUAUAUUCACGGUAUUUUCUUGUCAAAAAAUAUAUAUGGCAAUUCGAGCUCCUAUGAUUAAUAGGGAGCGAAAAGAACUUACAGAGGCAUACAUGGAGGCACUGAUUCCUGAACCUACUCCUGUAAAUGUCAAAAGAUUCAAGAAAGGUCUGUGGAGGAAGACUACCCCCAAAGGUCUAAAGUUAAAGAAGUUCAUUGAAGCAGCAGAUGGAACUCUUAUUCAUGACAGUUCCUACAUUGGUGAAGAUGCUUGGGAAGAUGACACUGGCAGUCAUAAUAUGAAAGAGAUGAUAGAGCGUGAUACUAGAUUGAGAGUAGAGGAUAAAGAGACUCUGAAAGAGAAUCUUGGAAUUUCAGCUGAAAAUCAGGAUAUGGGUGGAACAUGGCGUGAAAGGCUUCAAGCAUGGCACAAAAUUCUUAGAAAGGAGAAGAUGGCAGAACAAUUAGAUUCAGUAAAUUCAAGGUAUGUGGUUGAAUUUGACAUGAAGGAAGUUGAGAACAGCCUUCGUAAAGAUGUGGUUGAGAAGACGAGAGAAACCCAAGGAGCCAGGGCAUUGUGGAUCUCCAAAAGAUGGUGGAGAUAUCGUCCUAAACUUCCUUAUACCUAUUUUCUUCAGAAGCUUGAUACUUCUGAGGUGGCUGCUAUAGUAUUCACGGAGGAUCUGAAGAGAGUGUUUGUCACAAUGAAAGAAGGAUUCCCACUUGAAUAUAUUGUUGAUAUUCCACUAGAUCCUUUCUUAUUUGAGAUGAUAUCAAGUUCGGGAGCUGAAGUAGAUCUACUUCAGAAGCGGCAAAUUCAUUACUUUCUCAAAGUUCUUUUUGCUUUAUUGCCUGGCAUACUGAUUUUGUGGUUUAUAAGAGAAUCUAUGAUGCUUCUGCACAUCACGACAAAGCGCCUCCUCUAUAAGAAAUAUAAUCAACUUUUUGAUAUGGCUUAUGCUGAAAAUUUUAUUUUGCCAGUUGGAGAAGUUGGUGAGACGAAAUCGAUGUAUAAAGAAAUAGUAUUGGGAGGAGAUGUUUGGGAUCUUUUGGAUGAAUUGAUGAUUUAUAUGGGAAAUCCAAUGCAAUAUUAUGAGAAAGAUGUCAAAUUUGUGCGGGGUGUGCUUCUGUCUGGGCCUCCUGGAACAGGCAAAACACUGUUCGCUCGGACACUUGCAAAGGAAAGUGGGAUGCCUUUUGUAUUUGCUUCUGGUGCAGAGUUCACUGAUAGUGAAAAAAGUGGUGCUGCGCGAAUCAAUGAAAUGUUUUCUAUUGCUAGGAGAAAUGCUCCAGCUUUUAUAUUUAUAGAUGAGAUUGAUGCUAUUGCUGGAAGGCAUGCAAGAAAUGAUCCUCGCAGGAAAGCAACAUUUGAGGCUCUUAUUGCUCAGCUUGAUGGGGAGAAAGAAAAAACUGGUGUUGAUAGGUUUUCACUAAGACAAGCUGUCAUAUUCAUCUGUGCUACCAAUCGGCCAGAUGAACUCGACUUAGAAUUUGUGCGCCCUGGACGUAUUGACAGACGGGUGUAUAUUGGUUUACCAGAUGCAAAGCAACGAGUGCAAAUUUUUGGAGUUCACAGUGCUGGGAAGCAGCUUUCAGAGGAUGUUGACUUUGAGAAACUUGUCUUUCGUACAGUUGGAUAUUCUGGAGCAGACAUAAGAAAUCUAGUCAAUGAAGCUGGAAUAAUGUCUGUAAGGAAAGGACAUUCUAAGAUCGACCAGAAGGAUAUUAUUGAUGUUUUGGACAAGCAAUUGCUUGAGGGUAUGGGUGUGCUUCUGACAGAGGAAGAGCAGCAGAAGUGUGAGCAGAGUGUAUCUCGUGAAAAAAGACGAUUGUUGGCAGUCCAUGAAGCUGGUCACAUUGUCUUGGCGCACUUGUUCCCUCAGUUUGAUUGGCAUGCUUUUUCUCAGCUUCUACCUGGUGGCAAGGAAACUGCGAUAUCCGUUUUCUACCCUAGAGAAGAUGUGGUUGAUCAAGGUUAUACAACCUUUGGCUACAUGAAAAUGCAAAUGGUAGUAGCUCAUGGAGGCCGCUGUGCUGAACGUAUUAUAUUUGGUGAUGACAUUACUGAUGGAGGAAUAGAUGAUCUAGAAAAGAUUACAAAGGUAGACCACAUUUCUUCAAAGUACUCUUGA